UUGCUAUAAUAUCCGAUGGUAUUUGUUGACUUUGGAGACUUCAAAAUUUUUCGUUUCGCUUCAGCUGCGUACUAGGAUUUAAAGUUGGCUCGAAAUUUCAAACAUCGAAAACUCUAAACAAUGCCUUGCAAUUCAGCUACAAACAGUAGAAAAUCAGUUGAUAUCCUCCUAGAACCACCACGAGCUAAGAGUGCUUUUGUACCAAACUCUAAUACGAAGAAAUCUCAAGGACAACCUACACCAACAGGAGGCUAUUCGGAAAGAGGACGUGCAAAUAGUGCUUUUGUACCAAAUUCUGAUAAGAAACAAGCUCGAGAUCCACCAACUGCAACUGGUUAUUUAAAAGCAGGCCUGCGAAAUCAAUCACGACGGUCUUUACAAAUCAACAAACCAACAACCUUACCCAAGAGAGAGCUUGAAAGACUUCAUAACGCAGCCAAAAUCAUCAGCACCGAUGAUAGAAUUGAAUCACAGCUUCAAAGAGAGGAAUCUGUUAAACGAAUCGAAGAAGAAGCCGAACGACAAAAGCAAAUGUUCAAGCAAAUCGACGAAGCUAGGCUUCAAGCUCGUGGAGAAAAAGACAAGGAAGAUCUAUUCGAAGAAGAAAGACUCAAGAUUCUCGAGCAAUCUUUCAUAGCUAAGCACGAACAAGAGGAAGAAGUUAAGCGAGUAAAUCAAAUCAUGCUGAAUGCAAAGUGUCACGCUAUUCGUGAUGCACAAAUUCAAGAGAAAAUCGAACUGGCACGUGAGCUUAAACAAGAAGAGAAUCGGUUGGAAAAGAUGAUGAUUGACCGGGCUAUGGCUUCCUUGCAUGCUGAAGAUGAAGGCGUUAAGCGGGAACAAGAGAAGAAACAUCAGUAUGCAGCUGAGAUUAAGAGUCAGUUGAUGGAGCGAGAAAAUCAGCGAUUCCUUGAAGCAGAACGCAUCGAAGAAGAAGCUAAGGUUCUAUCGCUGGCUAAUGAGGCAAUAAAAAAAGAUGACGAACGACGAGCUCGUUUGAUAAAAGAACGUCGUGAACAAUUACGUUCGGAGUUAAAUCGAAUUUGUGAAAUGUCGAAUUUAUUCAAAAAAAUGCUCUUCGAACAGGAACGAGAGGCUGAAAUGCGUAUCCAUGCUUACAUGAAGGCUAAAGAGAAACGUGAACGCACCUUGGACAUAGAAAAAAAGCUUGCGAAACAAGCUUUUGAGCGUAAGCAACAGCUUUUAUUCGAUUUACAGCAAAAAAUUUUGGAAUCCAAAUCUAAGAGAGAAGAAAUGGCACUCACCCGUCAGCAGGAGAAUAUCGAAAGAGAGUAUCGUCGAAAGGAAAAAGAAGCUGUGAUUCGUAAGAAAGAGUUGGAAAAGUCCUUGCAUGAAGCCCGCAAUGCACAACUUUUAGAUGCUAAACUUCGUGAGGCCUUACAAAUCGCACGAAACGAAGAUGAUUUCCAGAAGAUUGUCGAGAAUCUUAAGCGCGAAGAAGCCAAACAAGCUAAAAUUCAAGAAGAACGUCUUAAGAAUAAAGAUCGUUAUCGCGAUGAGAUUAUAAGGCAGAUGAAUGAUAAGGAGAAUGAACGUCGCAGAAAAUACGAACGUGAUCAGAGCGAAGCCAUCGAAUGGAAAGAGAGGGAAAAACAACGCGAGAAAAAUGUUAGAUCGGUGAUUCAGGCGAAAUUGGCUUCAAUGCGUGAUGCUAAUUUGCCAGAAAAAUACAUUAAAGAUGUUGAGAGACAAAUGUUAAAAAUAUCCGAACAGAAAAAAUCCAUGUGGUAGAGAUUUGAGCUAAAUAAUAACUUGUAAUUUAAUUUUUAUCAUUUUUGUGGAAUUAAACUUUUGUGCUUUUAUAAAAACUUAAA